AUGUUAUUAGUAUCUAAACUAUCUAAAUGUCAAGAUUAUCAUCGACGUCAUUCCAAACGUAGUCUUUGCAAGAAUACUAUACAUGAUGAAAUGAAUUCUUGUAUGAAUAAUUCAAAUGAAAUAUUAUCCUCAAAUAAUCAAAUUAUUCAACAUAUGAAUUCCGAUGAACUUGAAUGGUGCCGACGAGCAACUGAGGAUUUAUAUAAUCAUGAAUCUUCUUGGGCAUUUCGCAAACCUGUAAAUCAUAAACAAGUACCAAUUUAUCGAAAAAUAAUAAAACAUCCUAUUGACUUAUCAACAAUACGAAGGAAAGUACAAGAUGCUGGAGCUUAUAGUUCAUUCAACAAUUGGGUACAAGAUGUACGUUUAAUGUUUUCCAAUUGUGAAGUUUUUAAUGAAGAUGAUUCAGAUGUUGGACGUGCUGGGCAUAUAAUGCGAGCAUACUUUGAAUGUCAUUGGUCAAAAUUUAAUGAAGGAAUCAAUGCAAAUGUACAUGAAAAAGAUGAAGUAAUGAUUAAUAAUGUUAAUGAAGAAGUUAUUACAAACUACAAAAAUUCAUCAGAUAUAGAAGAGUGUUCAGGAAACUGA